CUCUGGCUACGUGCCUGAUUAUCAUAUAGACGUCAUAGAAGCGACAUGCUACAGGUCUAUAAGAUAAUGCAUCGAAUCGACGACCUCCAGUCAACUAAUUUCUUUCAUCGUACCACUGUCGCAGUAACAAGAGGUCACCAGUUCAAACUACAAAAGAAACACGUAAAAUCUAAAUUGAGGCAGAGCUCUUUUUCACAGAGAGUAGUAAACGAAUGGAAUGGUCUCCCAUCAUAUGUAGCAGAAAGUCAUCACUCAAUUCUUUAAAAUCAAAUCUUGAUAAGUACUGGUCACUGACGAAGGACAGGUUUAAUCCUGAUGAACUAUUCAACUGUCCAUUUUCAUCCGUAUUCCGUGACUGCGCAACGCCAAAUUCAAGAGUAACACACUAGCGGACACCGAGGGCCAAAUAGGUUUUGUAUAACUUUAUGCCUACUUCCAAGGUAUGAGGUAUGAUAUACGCUUCUAUAUAUAGCCUACUACAAGUCCGGGUAUAUAUUUCAUACUUGGAAAAGGUCAUAUGAUUGCGUUUUUAUUUUUCCGCCCAUCGACCACAACUCAUGUGCGUGCUCCUGCUAUACGGCUGUAACAUUAUAUUACACACACAGGUAGUGGGAAAUAGUACCGUGUUGAGCUUCAAAUACGAGAUACCAGCGCAGUGGAGGUGCUACUGUAAGUGUAAUACUCUUGGGCGAAAACCGUAUUGGCAGGCAAAGAUGUUUAGAAUUCCACUAUCUCUCCCUACUCUGGUAGGAAUUAUAUUAAAUGUUAUUUUGCUUAAAUCUGAACCAAGCUCUGGAGUACUGACAUGCACUAGCCCCUGUCAACAAGCGGAUGCAACUGGAGCUUCAGGUAUACCUUUACCACCAUGUGUAAUAAGUACUACAAGAAGUUGUGAAACCGAUGGCACUGUACCUGUCAAUCAGGCACCUGGACCUCCUCUCCAGGUUGGCUUAGACUCCUACUCCUACAUAGCAACAGAUGGAAAUAUAUACCUUGAUCUAGCCCCUCGCUGGAAGGCUUCGACAGAUCGCAUCAGCCUUUUGACUGGAUAUGAAGUUAAGGUCAUGUGUCACCGAAGUAUUUGUGCAGCGCAAUACUUCUGUGUCACAAUUUCAUUCAACAGAACAUUGACGGUUCAUGAUGCUCAGUCCGAUUUCUCAGUGACUUGCCAGAAUGGAGAUUUUGUACAACCUGACAUGGAUUACGUCACCAUUAUCCGUAGCCUACCAAACAACGAUGAUAAUUCAAAUGAAGGAAGAUUUCUUACCAAACUCCCAAAGUGUGGACAGGAAUCAAAUUUAACUGUAUGCAACGUUGAAUCACCCGUCGAUUGGAUCCCGAAAUGGCGGCCAGACGCUACUCAAAUUAAAAAUGGUUCCGUGGUGGUGAAUUUUUGGCCUAGCAAUAAAUAUACGGUCUAUGAAGUCUGGCUUGAGAAAGUGGGAGGUAAUGAGGAAGUGGGAGGUAACAACAAUGGGCAGCAUUUAAUAACCUUCAAUACGGAAACUGAUCAUCCUCCUGUGCUUUUCGACAACGUACAAGAGGGAACUUAUAGAGCAUAUGUAUGGAUUAAUGAAGCACUGUGUGAACAAUGUCCGAUGAUUAACUCCAACAAAAACAUCAAUGUUACAGCUAUGACCCAUCCUACCACAUCAACCCAUCCUACCACAUCGACGACCCCUCCUUACCAACCUACACCCUCUUCACAUACUAGCUCCCGCAGACCGGAUGUCAAAUCGGAACCCAGUCUUCCAUUGGCAGCAGUCUCUGGAGCUCUGGGAGGAGUCCUAGUCGUGGUCCUGAUCUUGUUUUUUGUCUCCCGUACCUGCAAGUGGAGCCCUGGUGUCCCCAGCAUGUUCAAGGAGACUGAGGUUGGAAGUUAUCCUACAGAGUCAGCCAUGUCUCAUCAGAACAACAUUCCAUAUAGUGACUGUGAUUCUCUGAAUGGAACCCAGUACAUCAAUCACUUCACUCCGUCGAAUGGAACUACCAUCUACUCUGACUACCCCACCUGCGGAUUCACCAGUCCCUCCAUGGUACCAGCAACUAUUCACCAUAACAACAUGAUGGCCAAUGGAAGACUUAUGCAGGAGAGUCAGGUUUAUGCCAAUUCCAUGCCUUACAAACAAAUGGAUAGCAUCAGUAAAGUUGCGGAUAUACAUUCCCCUAUGGACGUCCAAACACCCUCUAAAAUAGAACAACCGUCAUCGCCUGACUCUGGUUUAGAGUCACUUUACUCAGAUGGCACAAUGGAGGAUGGUAGAACACUUUUCUCUUUAGCUUUAACUUCUUUGGGGGAUGAAGUGUAGUAUAAACUCGAUGCAUAUAGCAUGUUCCUUAAAAUUGGGCCUUUUUCACUCUCAUUCUAUCAUCAGAAAAUGAAGAGUAGUGCAUUACUCAGUCAAGUUAUCUACAAAUUUGUGUUUUUCAUAAUAAAGUGGUCAACGCCAUAUCUGAACGAGGCAUAACACAGUUUAAAACGCACUUACAAUAAGGACAUAAGGGUAACAAGGACAUUUAAUGAAUCAUUUAGAGCAUUUACUAUAAAGAAAUGUGUACUGUGAACACACUCUACAAAGUGGCUAUCAUGUACAAUCUUGAUAUAGUUUUUUGACUAUAGGGCUUCAAUGGUGCUGAUUACUGUUUUUAGAAGUACAACAGUUUAUGACAUUUUAAAAUUCAUAAGAUGUACGGUGCUAAUGAGGUCAUGUUAAAUCGGUUUUAAACUGUGUUAUGCCUCGUUCAGAAAUGGCGCUGUAAACCAUGAUGUUUUUUUUUAAUAAUGAUGUAAGUGUAACAUGCUUGGCAUUACUGUAUCUUGUAACACAGAGCUUUAGUAAAUAUGCAUAUGACCUUUGUUGCAAUCAGUUGCUAUUUAUCUACAGUAUAAAAAAAAUGUUGGUUUAAUGCUUCAUAUCUAGUCGUGCUUUUAUGGUGUAUCAUGGAUUUUGGUUUGGCGAUAUGAGAACGUGGGGGAUAGAAGUGUGUUGGAGGGCAUGUGGUGCGUGAGUGUGUGUGGAUGUGCGUGUGUGAAGGAGGAUGUGUGAAUGUGUUUGAGAAGAUGAGCGGUUCGAUGAUUUAGGAUUUUCAUCAAACAAGAUCCAUAAUUAUCACGAUGUAAUUAAUAUCAGCAAUAUAGACAUGGAUUUGUUUAGACACAAGGAAAUUGACGGUUCAAUGUAAAUGGAGAGAUUCCUAUAAGUCAAAAUAGUGGAAAGAGCGCCAUCUGGUGCAGACACCUCUUCCACAUUGAUACUGUUCCAAUAUAACUAUUCCAUUCAGCUUUCUAAUAGUUAUAUAUUUGAAAUGUUGAUUAAAAACCAUAUAUUGCACAGCUCAUAAAUAUGUCAUUUUGUGCUACUGUUAUGACACUACAUUUUAUUUCUUGUUUUUUUCUUCAACUUUGUAUGUUGCUUAGUUUGUCAUGUGUACUUCGUGUAAUAUUAGUCUUAUAUAAGUAAAUAUUUCUUCCUGGCUUGCCAGCAUCCCCAUGCAAUAUAUUUAUAUAUUUUUAAAUCUAAUUGUAUUUUUUGGUGUUAAUGUAAAAUUAAAUUUUAUUGCUGAGUUUUAUUGCCGAGUGAAAAUCAAACUAUACAACUAUGAAUAGAAUUUGUAAAGUCAUUGUGUACAAAUGCAUCAAUAAGGUUUCGUUGUAGUUUUCAAACAACAUUUUCUCGUCUUUAUAUAAAAUUGCAAUAAGCAACCUUUUAAAUAGUACCUUGAUGCACAUCAAAAUUUAUUUUAAUGUGAAAGAAGAUGUAUAAUACAUUAAAAGCUUAUUGGAAAAUACCUUGUGUGUACCAAAAAAUGUUUAACCUUAAUUAUGAUUUAUAAGAUUUAUGUAUAAACAACAAUUUUCAUCUUAGUAAAAAUUACACUUUGAUGUAUUUCUGACGAUGCCUUUUACCUUUAUAAAACUGAAGUAGUAAUUCAUUUGAUUGUUAAAUUUUUACUAUAUGUGAGUGGAUUCUCACUGUGUUUAUAUGCAAUCAAAUCUGUUCACUUACUAUAUAAACCUAAUCAUAUUUCCUCCCCAUUUAAUUGUUCAAUCGACACGAUUUUCAAGAUAUUCCAACACAAGUUAUUUUUAAAAUAAUUUGAACUUUUCAGAUUAAUGAAUCACGAGGUUGUGUAGAAAGUUGAUUAUGCUCAUAAGUAGAAAUGUGUGGGUGGUUUAUUAGUUGAAGAGGCAGACAUUAAAACGAGGCCUAUAUAUGUUAUGUGCAUUUCAAUAACACGCAGUCUUAAUAUAUAGAAUUUAGGUGUUUUUUUUCAACUGUCAAAUAUUAUCAACAAAAGUGAGAGCAGAACAGACAGAAAUCAUUGACAUGAUUGAAUAAAAGGGGAAAAGGGAAACAUUAUAUGAAUUGGUUCAACAGAAUGAUAUUAAUGUACAUCAUGAGCCAAAUUAUUGAUAACUAACAUUUCCUUUUCGGACUUGAUAGCACAAGAUAUAGGCGGAAAUAUGCACUGACGUAUAAAGAAGUAAAAUUAUGCCAAACGCAUUCAGGGAAGAGAUCCCUUAUUUCUCGGUUAUUUUUUAUUGCAUGAUUAGUGGUUAGUGUUGUUACUUUUAUACUUUAUAUUUUUAUAUCUUUAAUAAAGAACGAUGAAGACUGUAA